AUGGGUGGAACCAUAGAUAACACGUGGAACACGCUCAAAACAAAAACUCUGGGCGAGCCUCAUUUAUACAAUAUAUGUUCAAUUAAAGAUGGUCCUUGUUUGGCUAAAUCUGCUACUGCAACUCUGCAAAAUGUUUUAGAUGUUGGUGAACAAGAUGUAUUAAACGCUUUUAGGACUAUUAAAUCGAAUGCAGAGGGUAUGGAUAGAUUAAAUCUAAAAAUAUGGAAGUUGGUACUCCCCUAUUGCUUACCAGCUCUAACACAUAUAAUAAAUAAGUCAUUAGAAACAGGAAAAAUUCCGCAACUUUGGAAGACAGCAGCAGUGAUACCAGUUCCUAAAGUCAUAAAGCCGAGUAGCCCGUCAGAUCUGAGACCAAUAAGCAUCCUUCCUUUAGCAUCAAAAAUCCUUGAAAAAAUUGUUAUGCAACAAGUAUCGGAAUUUGCUAACAAAUAUAUCUUGCCUUCAACACAAUCUGGCCGAGCUAAUGAUUACUCCAUGAUCUCUUUACUUGUAUUGUUAGAUUACAGCAAAGCAUUUGACAUUAUAAACCAUCAACUUUUAGUCGCAAAGCUACACUAUUACAACUUCGACAACUCUGUUAUAUCCUGGUUUCUGGAGUAUUUAACUGAUAGAAAACAAUAA